CUGGGAGCACUGAGCCUGGCAGAGAAGUUACAGUAGUGCAGGGUCUGGCAGCACUGAGCCUGGCAGAGAAGUUACAGUAGUGCAGGGUCUGGGAGGACUGUGACUGGCACGAGAGCUGGCAGGGGCACACCAGAGCCCGUGCCUCCAUCCCCCGGGCUGCUGUGACUGGAGCUUGGAGCAGAGCACAAGUUGCCGGGCUCCGCCCCCUCUGCACCGUGUGACAACAACAACCCGUCCACACAGCAGGCUGCACUUUUCAGCCUCAUUUUCCUCUGUCAUUCGUACUCAAUCUUUGAUCAAUGUGCUGCCAGCCAGCGCCCGGGUCCUGCCAGCCUCCUCCUCUUCACCUUCAUCUCUCAACUUUCUGCUGAGACUUGGGCGAGACGAGAGCCUCAGCACUGCCCGGGACCAAGUGCCUGCUGCUGCCGGGUGUGCUUGUGGGGGCUCGGGGGUUAAUCCGGACUCUUGGUCAGGGUGUCACUUGUAUGUGAGUUCCCCGAGGAACUUUCCCCUGCUCAGCAGUGCAGCGCCUCUUCUCAGCAGUGUUCCUCUGGGAGGACUCCUAUGUGACCAUGGCCGUGCCGGCUGCUCUCAUCCCACCGACCCAGCUGGUGACCCCUCAGCCAGGCAUCUCCACGUCCUCCUCAGCUUCUCCCACUCCAUCUGUCGCUCCUUCUUCAUCCGGACCAAGUCUCUACAGACCGGAGCCCAUAGCAGCCACCACGGUGACCUCCAGCAUCAGCAGCUCUGCCGCUGCCACCACCAUCAACAUCGUCAACAGCAACCCAGGGACAGCAGCAGGAGGUGGUGGGAACAGCAGCAGCCCCAGCCUGGCCACCAACAGCAGCAGCCACCAUCACAGCGCUGCCACCCCCAGCACCUCCACCAGCACCACCUCAUCCACCUCCACCAGCAGCAGCAGUGCCCCCAGCGCCAACCUGCCCGGCAAGCCAGUCUACUCCACUCCUUCUCCAGUGGAGAACAUCCCUCAGAACAAUGAGUGCAGAAUGGUGGACCUCAGAGGGGCCAAGGUGGCCUCCUUCACAGUGGAGGGCAGUGAGCUCAUCUGCUUGCCCCAGGCUUUUGACCUCUUCUUGAAGCAUCUGGUGGGGGGGCUUCAUACCGUCUACACCAAACUCAAGAGGCUGGAGAUCACCCCAGUUGUGUGUAAUGUGGAGCAGGUCCGGAUCUUGAGAGGAUUGGGGGCCAUUCAACCAGGGGUCAACCGCUGCAAACUCAUUUCCAGAAAGGAUUUUGAGACUUUAUACAACGACUGCACAAACGCAAGCUCCAGACCAGGAAGACCUCCCAAACGAACGCAGAGUGUUACCUCACCAGAGAAUCCCCAUAUUAUGCCCCACAGUGUGCCUGGCCUAAUGUCUCCUGGGAUGAUCCCACCCACAGGUCUGACAGCAGCGGCCGCAGCAGCUGCGGCUGCUACCAAUGCGGCAAUAGCUGAAGCAAUGAAGGUUAAGAAAAUCAAGUUGGAAGCUAUGAGCAACUACCACAGCAGCAAUACACAGCACGGUGCAGACUCUGACAAUGGCGAUCUCAGUUCAAGUGUUGAUGCAGUUCUGCCUUUGUCCUCAAGAUGGGGACAGAGAGGGCUAAAAUGGAGCAGUGAUGGUUCUUGGGAGAAAGAAAAACUUCAGUCUCUCCCUACCCAAGGAUCACAAGCCUCUGUUAACCAUGCCACCUUGCCUGGACAGCAUAACCUUCCAGUUACUUAUCCUCUCAACUCUCUACAACAGAAUCACCUUCUGCCAAAUGGUACGACAUGCUGCCAUUCAUCCCUCAUACGACAACAAUUAAUAUCAGGUCUGGAACUUCCUUUUAUGAUGAUGCCCCAUCCACUAAUUCCUGUAAGCCUACCUCCAGCCUCUGUUACCAUGGCAAUGAGCCAGAUGAACCACCUCAAUACCAUUGCAAGUAUGGCUGCAGCUGCACAAGUACAAAGUCCACCAUCCAGGGUUGAAACGUCUGUAAUAAAGGAACGAGUUCCAGAUAGUCCAUCUCCUGCACCUUCUCUAGAAGAUGGCCGAAGACCAGGCAGCCACCCUUCAUCUCACAGAAGCAGUAGUGUUUCUAGUUCUCCAGCGCGAACUGAAAGUUCAUCGGAUAGAAUUCGUAUGUCAUAUACUUCUAUACAUUUCCAAACUAUCCAUCAAAAUGGCCUCUCUAUGAACCAGAUGUUGAUGGGGUUGUCUCCAAACAUUAUUCCAGGUCCAAAAGAAGGGGAUCUUGCUGGUCAUGAAGCAGGACAUGAGGCAAAAAGGAUACAUCUGGAGAAAGAUGAGACCCCGCUCUCAACACCAACUGCGAGAGACAGCUUUGACAAACUCUCUCUGUCUGGACACGGGCAACCGCUACCUCCUGGUUUUCCUUCUCCCUUUCUUUUUCCUGAUGGGCUGUCUUCCAUAGAGACACUUCUCACUAAUAUCCAGGGUUUGUUAAAGGUGGCAAUAGAUAAUGCAAGAGCGCAAGAGAAACAGGUACAAAUGGAAAAGACAGAGUUAAAGAUGGAGCUAUUCAGGGAACGAGAAUUGAGGGAAACUCUAGAAAAACAAUUAGCAGUAGAACAAAAGAACAGAGCAAUAAUUCAAAAAAGACUGAAGAAAGAGAAGAAGGCAAAAAGGAAAUUGCAAGAAGCUUUGGAAUUUGAGACAAAACGAAGAGAGCAAGCUGAGCAGGCACUCAAACAAGCAGAAGGACUCAGGGUCCUUAAUGAGGCUUUGACCCCGGAGAUGGAAUCUGACCGCAAUGGGGCCAGAACAGAUGCUGAAAGGACAAUACAAGAUGGAAGACUGUAUUUAAAGACUAGUGUCAUGUACUGAAGACACAUAUGCAACAGCUGAAGACUCUGUAGGAACAUUCUGCAAAAUGAUUGCAAAGUCUGAAGGAUGUAAAUGCUUUGCAAGUAAAAACAUUUCAUUUCUGUACAAAUGUUCCUCGAAUAUACAGCAUUGUCAGACUGGUGACCUGUGACUACUGGAGAGUCUGAAAGGUUUCAUAACCGGUAGCACUCUACUUGUUGGACUUCUUGUGAGAUUUCUACUGCAAUUCUGUAAAGACUAACUACCAACCACCAAGACCCACCGUUCUUCUAUCGUGUUUUUAAAGGAACUUGUAUAUUUCUUUAACUGAGCACACUAGAACUUUCCAGCUGAGUCCACUGAGUAUCUGAAAUGUUUUUCACAUCUAAACCAGCAGUGAUGGUUUCAUAGGAAGAUUCUUAAAAGGGCAUGCACUAAAAUGGAAAAUCAAGAAAAAAAAAAUAGGACUGAUACAAAAAUUUAUACAUAGUAUGUUUUCUUCGUAACACCUUUAUCGUACCAUGGAAAACACCUGCUCUUGCAAACUGAACUACUGUAUUUAACAAAAUGAACUCUUUUUGCUGAAUGUAAACUAAUGACUUUGUGUUCUUGAGCCUCUUGUCCAGAAUCAACCAAACAAUGAGUAUAACUUUUUUCUUCACCACCGUGAGGAUCAGGAUAAUUUGUCUAUUUGUGUUACAGGCCACGUGUACAUAAACACAGUCACACAGAAGGUAUUAUGUAUGCAGUAGACUACUAGUGAUUAGGAAGAUAAUUUUAGACAAUAUGUUUUGUCACUCUGUUGGUUCUUAAGAAGCCUUUAUAGUUUUAACGCAUGCAGGCAUGUACAUAUUUGUCCUGAAGUCACAGUAUUAAUUCAAAAAUUUUAGAAUCUGGUGGAGAGAAGAAUAAAUGUCAGCCAGAUUUAUUUGUAUAUUAAGUCAUUAAAGCCCUGAAACAUAACUCAUAGGGUUGGUAUCUGGCCGAUGAGUAAGUCGAGACACCGGACAUAUUUUUAUAGAAUUCUUUUAAUUUUAAAGUUCUUAAAAAAACCUUGAUCACUUGAUAUAAUUCCACUGAUACUGAGUAUUGACUUGACAGGCCACUGUCAACCCACUACUGUAUGGUAUGAUCACUGCCCAUCUUCUUAUUAUAGCUGUACAUUGUAGUGUUAAAGGGAGAUAUAUUUUGUCUUUUUUUGAUGUGUUAACUGAAACUGCAUAUUUUCAUCAUAAGUAACUGGAAAAAGUAUCAAUACAUAAUAUUAGGAAGCCAAACUACAUAGAUUUCACAUAAUUUUCUAAUUUCUGUGUACCCCUUUAAAGACUGAACUCAUAAAUUAGUCCAAUAAAAGUGUACAAAUUUUGGUUUCUACACAUAUCUAGUUUUAUGCACAUAAAAUGUAAUUUAUUUUGUUAUAACACAUUAAAAGUUGUUUUUAAUGUUAUUUCUGUAACAUUUCAUUUCAACCUGGUAAUAAGUAUUGUUUGUGGUUAAAACAACUGGAGCUUGUAAAGUCUUCCAUAUUGUACUCCCAACAUAACUUUUCUGUGAAAGAACCUGAACUAUACAUUUCAAUUCACGCUGUAAUUUUUAAAUAAAAUAUUGUAUAUACAAUUUCACAUCCUUUUUAUGA